UAAGAUAUAAAUGUUGCAAAAUACUAUACAAAAUCACAGUCACAUUUGGUAGAAUGAUUAUUUUGGGUAGUCGUGAUAAUAUUUUCAACUCUAAUGCCUUUCCUUCCACCAUUCUUAAACAGGUAUAUGCAGAGACUAACAGCAGUCCUCCUUUACUUGUUCUUAAUGAAAAGACAUUGAUGAUUUUUCCAUUGACUUGUCUACUCAAUGAAGCUCUUUGCCCUGGAAAUACUGAUUUACCUUCAGAAGUUCCUAAAAUGUCCGCAGAGAUUGAACACCCUCAAAACAACUGGAUACAUGUUGGAUAUGAGGUUUCUUCUGAUUUUGUGCGGCUUUACAUUAAUGGGGAGAUUGCAGGAGAGCUGCAUCUCUCGUCCUUGUCAAAUGACAACUCCAUGCCAAAUGGUUCUAGGAAGAGGACAUUAAUUGGUAUUACUGGUGAUAGUAAUUUGCAGGGCUUUAUCCAUGUUGCAAAAGUCUUGCCUUCAACCUUGUCUAUAAAGGAGCAGUAUGUUAAGGUGGCUUUUACUUGUAGUUCUCAUGUUUCCUUGAUGAUUUCUAUAGCAUGUAAGUUUACCUUAAGGUUUAGAACUCUAAUGUGACAAUAUGAU